CCUUCUUUUCUAGUAUCAUCUUUGAUCACCAGCCAAGCCAUCUAUCCAUCAUCCUCCUCCUCCUCCUCCUCCUCCAAAAGAAAGAGUUCAUUUAGUAGUAUUAUAUUGUCUGCGCUCCGUGAGUUGCAGCCUUCAGCGGCUAACAGACGCCAGCAAUUCUCUGUCUCAGCCCGCACAACUAGUAGAAAUUAAUUGACAAGAGCAAAAUCAAAAGUCUACGUCCACCAUCACAUCCACAAGCACUAGCAGUCCAGCAGUAACCAUUAUUGCUUACGUAAAUUGCAAGCACUAUUCCUCCUGCACUAUUCCCUGUCUGCCGACUCUCCGGAAAAGUAUUUUCUACUACAUCUUUCUGCAUUACACAGCACCUUCCAUCACCUACAGUGGCAGUCGUCAAUUCAUUGCUCGAUGUAUAUGCAUGGACCCCGAAAAGUGAUGGUAUGGUAGCUUCUUCUUGCUACCACUUAGCUUAGCUCAUUCCCUAGUAGUAUAAGUUACAGGUCCCAUGCCACCGACUAAAUACUCGUAGUACAGAAUUAAACGCUGCUGCUUUUAUAUACUACGUUAUAAUUCUCCAUCAUCAAGUGCAAAUGCUGGAAACUGUUAAGUACCUGCUUGGCUCUGCCGGGCCAAGCGGCUUUGGCUCCAAGUCCACCGCCGAACAAGUCACCGACUACUGCCCUGAUCUCCGCUCCAUCACCGCCAUCAUCACAGGUGCGACGUCGGGGAUCGGUGCUGAAACGGCUAGGGUGUUGGCUAAGCGGGGAGCCAGGCUGGUCCUCCCUGCCAGGAGCCUCAAAGCCGCCGAGGAUAGCAAGGCUCGAAUUUUGUCCGAGUUUCCAGAGUCCGACAUUAUUGUCAUGCCUCUUGAUCUUAGCUCUUUCUUCUCCGUUAGAAAGUUCGUUGCAGACUUCCGCUCUCUUAAUUUACCCCUUCAUCUCCUCAUAAACAACGCCGGAAAAUUCACACAGGAGCAUGCCAUUUCCGAGGAUGGAAUCGAGAUGACCUUUGCUACCAACUAUUUAGGUCACUUCUUGUUGACAAAGCUGUUGGUAACCAAGAUGGUGGAGACUGCCAAGUCAACCGGCGUUCAGGGAAGAAUAGUGAACGUGUCUUCGAGCAUCCACAGCUGGUUCUCCGGUGACCCGAUCAGUUAUCUGAGUUCCAUAACCAGAAGCAGAAGUCAUUACGAUGCAACACGUGCAUAUGCUCUGUCGAAGCUGGCUAACGUUUUGCACACCAAGGAACUUGCUCAGAGACUCCAAGAGGAGAUGGAGGCGAAUGUGACAGUGAAUUGUGUACAUCCAGGGAUUGUGAGAACUCGACUUACUAGAGAACGAGACGGUCUCAUUACCGGAUCCAGAUACAAUUUACAAACAUAUACACAUGUGGCCGUGCAGAUCUGGUGUUCUUUUUGGCUUCCAAGCUCCUCAAAACCAUCCCUCAGUAGUAUCCACGGAAAACUGGGUAGCCUCCUUUUGGAGCCACCUAUGGUAUCACUUUAUCAAGGAAUGGACUCCCAAGAAUGGUGGACCAAACCACCGACUUUCAGGCCAUCGACUUGACGACACUCGUUCUUGAGAAAAGGAAGCAGAUGCUGGUCUGCUACGAGAGAAAAGUGCUUCAGCUACACAUUGCUGCAUUAUACGCCAUUUAUUUGUGUCGCUUUAUCCUUUGCCCACCACGGUCUGCUUUCUGCAUCGGAUAGCAACUUGAGGUGGAUUUGCCAUCUCUAUGGCGUCUCAUUCACUACUGCUUUUCAGACCUCCAUUAAUGUUCGUCGUCUAGGCUGGAUGGUGUCAACAAAUGGAUAUACAGGAAGAAAUUUAUCUGCAUAAUCCCCAGCUGCCAACCUAGGCUUCUAUUUGUGAUCAAAGCUGCUCAUGUCAUAAUUAAUUGUGCUAAUGAGCUUUAACUCAUGCACAAGGACAUUUCUUACUCUGCUAAUGAACUUGCCACUUUAUAUGGA